UGCAAAUUAAGUUUCCCCCUCUCGCUAUCACAUCUUAUAUAUACAACACCACCCUUAGAAGCUGAGUCUACACUUUAGAGCUUUCUCUCAGAGAGCUAAAAACUCUUUUUUAUUUAUGAAUCUUUUUCUGGGAUCGCCGGAAAAUCAAGAUUCCGGUACCCCCACUAUCCUGAAGUAGUUAAUUAAAGAAAGUAAAGUAUCUGUAAUUCAAUAAAUAGGUUUAAUAUAAAUGGCUAAAGGUCGAAAGCUGACCAUCAGUAUGAGUGAAAGGUAUUUAGGAAGCUAUAGUUACAAUCAUGGAAAUAAAACAGUCAACGAAACAUCGGAAUUGGGAGAAGAUGAUAUCUGGUCAACCGUUGAUGACAUGGUCAACGGUGAUGAUGAUCAUUUGAUGAACGGCGCUUGUGAUUCACGCGCGACAAUAGAGAGUGACGGAAGCUUGACAAGUUUUAGGAGCCGCCGCUGCCAAGCUGGAGGUGGCUUGUCUUUGGCUUUUGAUGAUACAGGUAAAGCAACGUCGUCGUCUCGGAUUAUUCAUCAAUUUCGUGGACAAGACAGCGUGGCAUCGCGGUCUCCACAUGGACGCCACAUGGCAUUCUCGGCUCCUGUGAAUGUCCCUGAUUGGUCAAAGAUAUAUCGAGUCGACUCGGUUGAGUCAUUCCAUGACUCGGACGAUGGUAUUGAUGAUCAUGAGUUGGAUAUGGUUCCGCCACAUGAGUAUUUGGCUCGUGGGUACGGUAGAUAUCGAAAAUCAACAACUGAUUCGGUAUUUGAAGGCGUGGGACGAACAUUGAAGGGUCGGGACAUGAGUCGAGUUCGAGAUGCAGUAUGGAGUCAGACCGGGUUCAAUGGCUAAGUCUAUUUGAUAGUAAUUGUUGAUAUAUUGUUUAUCGCUAGUGUAAUUGUUUUUUGUUUGUUGGGCAAUGAUUCAAGCCGAAUGAAUAUUAGUUUCAGUGAGUCAACCAGGCUGUGACUGAGCCCAAAUAUGAUUUGAUGUUUUCCUUCUCCAUUAUCUUAAUUUGUUUGGUUUCCUUA